UUGACACAUAGAUUCAGAAUUUGUUUAAAUAAUGUCUCUUUUGACUUCCAGCAGCCGCAGCUCCUCUUCCUUCCACUCCACAGCCCAGUACAGCAGCUCGUACAGGUCAGAGGACUCCAUGGACCCCCUCUUUGGGACCUACCUGGACUCGGCGGACCACCCAGUUCUGCUCCAGGACGAAGGACCCGGGGGACCCAAAUGCUCCUCCCCCUACAGCUGGCACAACCGUUCCUCAUUUGGGAACUCGGUUUCCUUUGGCAGUUCACUAAUGGGACGUCCGAGCAGUAUCAGCAGUCCGGGGGCAGGAGGAGGGGUGCGUUGCUAUGGAGACAUGUACUUUGUGUCAGUGGAUGUCAGUCAGUUUGAGCCCCAGGACGUGGUCGUGAUGGCGUACAACCAGCACAUCGUCAUACAGGCCGCAAAGGUUUUGGAUGGCGGCACAGUGGGUGACACUUUUACCCAUAAGUUCUUGCUCCCGGAGGACAUGGACCCCCUGUCUGUGAGUGGGGCGGUGGGCUCAGAUGGAGUGUUAGUCGUCAGCGUCAAUAGAAACUGCUCUCUGCAAAUGGAACCUCCUGGGCCCUGUUCACCACAAUGAGACUGACCUUUGACCUUUGCUAUAGUUCACUAUCCAUGGCUGUCUGCAGAAGUGGGGAAAUUAACUUUUAUUAACUUGAAGGGUUUUCUACUUUGAACUAAUGAAAGGGACACAGAAUC